CCACAACCAUCAACCCAGCAGGCAGCAGCACCCAACAAGUCACUAGCUAGCUAGCUUGUGGAGCGAGCCGCAGCUAGCAAUGGCGGUGCGGUGGCCGUCGACCGCCGUGGCCGCGCUGGGGAUCGGCGCGAGCCUCCUUGUCCUGUGCGUGCUCAUGGCGUCGCCGGCGUCGGCCCAGCCGCCGCCCAAGGCGGUGCCCAGGGUGCCCAAGGGCAGCAACCUGGUGGUGAUCAAGCCGCAGUUGGGGAGGCGCAACAGCCAGUUCACCUGCACCGACACCAAGAAGAAGCGCCCCGGCUGCCAGGCCACCUGCCCCAACCGCUGCCCCAAGGAGUGCCUCGUCAUGUGCCCGUCCUGCAUGACCUUCUGCCUGUGUGACUUCUACCCAGGAGCGUCGUGCGGCGACCCGCGCUUCACCGGCGGCGACGGCAACAACUUCUACUUCCACGGCAAGAAGGGCGAGGACUUCUGCAUCCUCUCCGACGACGACCUCCACAUCAACGCCCACUUCAUCGGCAACCACAACCCCUCCACGAGCCGCGACUUCACCUGGAUCCAGGCCGUGGGGGUCCUCUUCGCCCACCACCGCCUCCACCUCGGCGCCGUUCACUCAGCUCACUGGGACUCCGCCGCCGACCACCUCGACCUCGCCUUCGACGACGAGCGCGUCCACCUCCCGCUCGCCGACGGCGCGCGCUGGUCCUCCGCGUCCGUGCCCGGGCUCUCCAUCACCCGCACGUCGCGGGCCAACAGCGUCGUCGUCGAGCUCAAGGGGGUGUUCCGGAUCGUGGCCAACGCCGUGCCCAUCACCGCCGAGGAGUCGAAGGCGCACGGCUACGGCGUCACCGCCGACGACUGCCUCGCGCACCUCGACCUCGGGUUCAAGUUCCACGCUCUCUCCGACGACGUCCACGGCGUGCUCGGCCAGACCUACCGCUCCGACUACGUCAACAAGCUCAACGUCGCCGCCAAGAUGCCCGUCAUGGGCGGCGCCGACGACUACGUCUCCUCGGCCCUGUUCGCCACCGACUGCGCCGUCACGAGGUUCGGCCGCCCCGCCGCGGCAACGGUUGUUGGCACCGCCGCCGGCGGCAUCGCCAUGGUCACCGACGCCAAGUACGUCUAGACGACCGGUCCAAGAGUCAACCAGCCCGGUACUUGCGUGCUGCCAUCUGGCGUCAAUCUUCAUCAACUAAGUAACGUGCGUGAGCGAUCUCUACGUAUGUGAUUUACAAGUAAUGCUUGUUAAGGUAUUUUGUCAUCAUGGAUCGGCCAUCAUGACCAUAGUAAUUCGUUGGUAUAUAUGUAAGUGGAUAUGUAUUUGUUUUGACAAUGCUUAAUUGACAAAAUGAGAAAAUAAUUUCAGAGUCUAA